AUGGGUACUGGAAAAACAAUUAUAUUAGUUGAUGGCGAAGCACCACCACGAUUUAUACCAUCCACACGUUUUACAUUAGCUUUAUUGGUCUUUUUUGCUUUUAUUAUACAAUAUUCUCAACGUGUAAAUUUACCAAUUGCAAUUAUAUGCAUGGUUAGUCGUACAGAAUCAACUGAAAAUCCAUUAAAUACAACAAAAAUGAUAAGUACUAAUAUUGUAAAUGAUUUAAAUAGAAAUUUUAUUGAUGUACCAACAACAACAAAACCAAUCUUAACAACUAUACAAAAAAGAGGAUUUCUUAAAGAUAAACAGUUCAAUUGGAGUGAACUAAAACAACAAGCCCUUUUAGGAGGCUAUUGGUCGGGAUAUAUUUUUACACAAGUACCGGGUGGAUGGUUAGCAACAAGUAUAGGACCAAAAUGGGUUUAUGCUUGUUCACUAAGUACAAGUUCUGUUGCUACUCUUGCUCUAACAAUAAUGUAUUUCAUGUCAAGUACACACUUUAUUCUAAUGUUUAUUCUUCGUUUUAUUAUUGGUGUAGCGCAUGGUGUUCUUUUUCCAGCAACAAUAGCACUUUGGUCAGUUUGGGCCGUAGCACAAGAACGAAGUACACUUGUAUCAAUUGGUUUUUGUGGUACACAAUUUGGAACAUCAUUAACAAUGCUUCUCGGUGGUCUUUCAUGUCGUUAUUUAUAUUCAGGUUGGAUGUAUUUAUUUUUGCUAACAAGUAUUCUUGGUUUUAUUUGGCUUGCAUUAUGGGUAACACUUACAGCUAAUUCACCAAGACAUACAGGUAAAAAACGUGCAAUAUCAUUAGCGUCCAUACCAUGGAAAAAUAUAGCUACAUCAAAACCAGUAGUUGCAUUAAUCAUUACUCAUAUGUCAAAUUUAUUUGGUUUAUUUUUCUUUUUAACAAAUCUUAGUAAAAUUAUAACAGAACUUUAUGGUGUACCAUCACAAUAUACUGGUUUUAUAUUAGCAUUUGGAUUUUUUCUUACACUUGUAACUAGUUUAACAUCAGGUAUACUCGCUGAUGCACUUGUUCGAUCUAAAGUUAUGACAUUAACUACUGCUAGAAAAUUAUUCAAUUCUAUAACAUCAUUUGUACCUGUUCUAUGUAUGAUAUCACUUUGUUUUUGUGAUGCAUCAAGACAAGUAUUAGGCGUUAUUACAAUACUUAUCUUGCUUGCUGUUUCUGGUCUUGGUUAUGGAAGUGCUUAUACUGUAAAUUUUGCUGAUAUUGUUCCAGCAUAUUCAGGUGUUGUUUUUGGUAUUGCUAAUACAUUUGCAUCAUUAGCUGGUUUUAUUGGAAAUCUUGUUGCUGGUAUUGUUGUUAAACAACCAAUAUUAGAACAAUGGAGAAAAUUAUUUAUUAUGUUUGGUAUUGUUUAUUUUAUUGGUGGUCUGGUAUUUUUAUUAUUUGGUUCAGCUAUACCACGUAAAUGGGCUACAUUUCAAACAAAUACAGUUAAACAAACUAAAGCCAAUGAUGAAGAAAUGAUGCCAAUGAAUGAAAAUGAAUAA